UCUAGGGAUUAGGCAGUAUUGGCCAGUCACAGCAAUGCUAUGACUGGGAAGCCUCUACAAGAGUCUCUUUUAGGGGCUCUGGGAGGUUUUAUCUAUGGGGAUCCUAAGUAGCAGGAUCUUGCGAUGCAGAGAACCAGGUACCAUAGAUCUGCAGCAGUCUGAAGCCACAGCGGGUCCCAGUUACAUAUCUAGCAGUCGGAAGCGUAAGCAGAGUGGUGGGUAUUGUUCAGGUUUAAAAUCUGACACCAAGAAGUUUCAGGACCAGGGAGAAAAUCUACAGCAAGUCUUCAGCACCAACCACAGAAAAAAAGUUAAGAUUACAUCCAAGUAUGCUUACCAAAAUUUAUUUUUGAAUGGAGAAAACAGUGACAUCAAAAUCCGUGCUCUGGGGAAAAUAUGGUGUUUACACAAAAUAUUUUUAUAUCAAUCAGACUACUUUGCUGAUAUGUUUAGAAGUUCUUGGGAAGAAUUGCACAAAGAUAUUAUUGAACUGGAUAUUCGUGACCAGAAUAUAGAUAUCCAAUCUUUGCACUUUGUACUAGGUUCAUUGUAUAGGGAUGAGUAUUUCUUAAUAGAGCCCCUUCAAGUUCCAGGUGUUUUGGCAACAUCAUAUCUGCUUCAGGUAGAGGACUUAAUUCAGCAAUGUAGUGAAACCAUGAAAGACACAAUUAAUGUGAAAACUGUAUGUAGUUAUUAUGCAGCAGCAGAAACCUAUGGGUUAGAUUCUGUAAAGACAGGGUGCUUUGAAUGGCUUCUUCACAAUUUGAUGACACACCCAAGUGCUGAGCUCUACAAAGAAAUAGGCAUAGAGCUUAUGGAUUUGCUCAUCUCUUCCUCUAAUUUACUAGUAAUACAAAAGGAAAUGGAUAUAUACACAACACUUAAAGAGUGGAUGUUUCUUCAUCUUAACCCAUCUUGGAAAGGCUCAAUGAAACAGCUUCUAAUUAAUACUAAUAAUUGGCUUUCUAGACACAGGGAAUGUGGUGGCUAUAACACUUUUCUUGACACAGAAGAAGGAAUAUCAUUUAAACCAGUGUUUAAAAAAUUGAGGUUUCAGCAUAUCAUCUGUGACCUGGCCUCAACAAAAGUAAUUGAACAAGAUGGUCUAAUACCUUCAGAGUGGUUGUCAUCUGUUUACAAACAACAAUGGCUUACCUUGCUUAAGGCACAACAAUACAGGGAGAUCGGGCCUCGAGACAUCAAUGAAACAGAACUUGAAGGAUACAGCAUGAGGUGUGGUAAAAGGAUUAUCAAAGAUGGUAAAUAUUCCUGGAAGUGGUCAGGUUACAAUUUUGGCUUUCCCUUACAUGUUAUUUUUGACAGCCAUUAUAUAAUUUUCAAGCAAAAUACUUUCAGUCAGCUAUGUGAAGAUUCUGCCUGCUUACAACCUCUACGAAAUAUUGCGUUCAGAUUAACUUUGGUAUAUUUUGAUGCUAGUGGAAAAUUAAAUUUCAGCAAAACAACAGGCUAUAAAAUACUUACUUUUUCAAAAGAUGAGGAACAAGUGGUGAUGAAGUUGGAUAGCAUAGUUCUGAACUUCCCUUUAUAUAUAUUCUGCAACUUCCUAUUUAUAUCAUUAGAAAAUACAGAAAACUGAUGAUCUUAUCAAUGAGAUCAUAUUAACAUUUUGAAAAAUUUCCAUGCUUCAUUUAAUUUAAUUUAAUUGCUUUACUGUUAAUACAAUUUAUAUGGUCAGUAAAACAAAUGAAAUAUUCUCAAAAAUACAGUAAUAUCACAAAUGACUAUAUUUCAUCUUCAUUUUAUUUCCAUGCAUCUGUGGAUUAAAAGAUUUAAUUCCAAGAAAAUACUUAUCAAACCCAAGGAUAUAUGUGGUUAGCACCUGUUGGUUUCAUUUUCUAUCUACAACAAAGCUCCAAAUAGAAAUAAAAAUCUAUAUUUGCAAACAAUCUAAACUAAAUUAGCUGGUUAAGUUAAUUUUACCCUAACUAAGGUGGAGACAAAAUAAAGAAUUCUCUCCUUUGCUGAA